UUGUGUCCGUUUACGAAAUGAGUCAAAAAAUGUUGCGGUCGUGAAAUAAACGGCGAGCCCGCACCCGCACGCUGAACGCAGAUGGUUUUGUGGGCCCUGACAUGUAAAUUCCAGUUAUUUGGAGUAUUUCAACAGUAAAUUGGCGUGUUUGGAUUUAGCGGAUUAGUAAUAUAUACAAAGGUUUUGGAUCUGAAGGGAAUAGUCAACAGUUUUGUGCUAGUAUAUAGACGGAAUGUGGGAAAUUUGCCAGUAUACGGAAAAGGAUUAAUAAAGUUAUAAACAUGACGGACACAAGGCGAAGAGUGAAGUUAUAUGCACUAAAUGCAGACAGACAAUGGGAUGACAGAGGCACAGGACAUGUUUCUUCAUCAUAUGUUGACCGUCUCAAAGGGAUAUCUUUAUUAGUGCGUGCGGAAAGUGAUGGAUCUCUUCUGUUAGAGUCUAAAAUUCAACCGGACACUGCUUACCAAAAGCAACAAGAUACAUUAAUAGUGUGGUCAGAGGGUGAUAAUUUUGAUUUAGCGUUAAGUUUUCAAGAGAAAUUAGGUUGUGAUGAGAUAUGGGAGAAGAUAUGCCAAGUGCAAGGUAAAGAUCCCUCAGUUGAAAUCACACAGGAUAUUGUGGAGGAAUCUGAGGAUGAGCGGUUUGAUGACAUGUCAGACUCUGCACCACCAGUCGAAUUGCCCAGUUGUGAACUCAGUCGGUUAGAGGAAAUCAGUGAAUUAAUAAGUAACUCGUUAAACUCCCCUAUGAGAAAAGAAAAGCUGGCUGCGGCCAUCGAAACAGAAGGUUACAUCAGAAAGUUAAUAAAUGUGUUUCAUAUGUGCGAGGAUCUUGAGAACACUGAGGGGUUACACCAUUUAUAUGACAUAAUUAAAAAUAUAUUUUUACUCAAUAAAAAUGUAUUGUUUGAAGUUAUGUUUAGUGAUGAGUUAAUAUUUGAUGUGGUUGGCUGUUUAGAAUACGAUCCAACAUCACCCACCCCGAAAAGGCACAGGGAAUAUUUGAAGCAACAGGCCAAGUUUCGCGAGGCCAUCCCCAUUAAAAACCCCGAGUUGUUAUCAAAAAUCCAUCAAACGUUUCGUGUACAAUACAUUCAAGACAUUGUCCUUCCAACGCCGUCGGUUUUCGAAGAAAACAUGUUAUCAACUUUAAGUAGUUUUAUAUUUUUUAACAAAGUGGAAAUCGUUGUUCUUGUUCAAGAGGAUGAGAAAUUUCUGACGGAACUAUUCACCAUGUUAACCGACCACAACACGCCCGACUCGAAAAGAAGGGAUCUAGUUUUGUUUCUCAAAGAAUUCUGCAAUUAUUCACAGAACCUCCAGCCCCAAGCUAAAGAAUCAUUUUACAAGACACUGACCUCACUGGGCAUUCUUCCAGCAUUAGAAAUCACUCUGGCGAUGGACGACCAGAAAACCAAGACUGCUUCAAUCGACAUACUAACAUAUAUUGUAGAAUAUUCACCAUCAGUUGUCAGAGAAUAUACUUUGCAACAGGCCAGUAACACUGAUGAGGAUCAGAUGCUGUUGAACAUUAUCAUUGAGCAGAUGAUUUGCGACACGGAUUCGGAAUUGGGCGGUGCUGUCCAACUCAUGGGUGUUCUGAGGAUAUUGCUGGAUCCUGAGAACAUGUUGGCUUCAGUCAACAAGUCCGAGAAGACCGACUUUCUUAACUUCUUCUACAAACACAGUGUUCAUACGUUAAUAGACUUCUUUCCAGCUCCUCUACUGGAGAACACCGCUCACGACGAGCUGCAAAAGGACGACUACCGCAGCGUUCAGCUGCUGGGCCUGAUCCUCGAGCUGCUGUCGUUCUGCGUCGAACACCACACCUACCACAUCAAGAACUGCAUCCUGAACAAGGACCUGCUCCGUCGCAUACUCGUGCUCGUCAAGUCGACGCACAAGUUCCUGGUGCUGUGCGCGCUGCGCUUCAUGCGCAAACUGAUCGCGCUCAAGGACGAGUUCUACAACCGUUACAUAAUCAAGGGCAACCUGUUCGCGCCCGUCGUCGACGCGUUCAUCAAGAACAACGGACGAUACAACCUGCUAGACUCGGCGAUCAUCGAUCUGUUCGAGUUCAUCAAGCUGGAGGACAUCAAGACGUUGUGCACGUACGUGGUGGAGAACUACGGCAAACGGCUGGACGAGUGCUGUUACGUGCAGACGUUCAAGGCGCUGAAGACGAGGUACGACCAGCACCAGGACAAGCUGAAGGACACGAGGGAUAGUCGGAACAGUCUGGACGGGGUGCCGUCCAUAUUGAGGAACAGUCGCUAUCGCCGCGACCAGAGACAGAUGGAAGAGGAGGAGGAGAUGUGGUUCAACGAUGAAGAUGACUUCGAUGAGGGUGAGACCGUUGUCAUGCCGCCCGCCGCCAACGACAUCCUCACCAAGAAACUUGACUCGGACUUGGACAGCAUUGGCAAGAUGAUCGAAACGACGAAGAGCAAACAGCAAGUAGUCGCUGAGGUCGCUAACGGCCCGAAGAUGAACAACAACUCGACGACGAACGCGCCGACGCCGCAGCAACAGCAAAAGUCCCAGGCUGCCGAUCCACAGCCGCUCCAGCAGCAGCAACAGAACGUGACGCCGCCGCUGAACAACAACGCGAACGCGGUAGCGGGCGAUGGCCAAACACCGCCCGGCGGUCCGGUAUCGCCCGCGUCCAACGCGAAAGUGGCGCUCCUUAAGAGGGGUCUCGUGGACUACGAGGGCGGCGACUCGGACGAGGAGGACGACGACGCCGGCGGCGGGGAGGCGGCGAAACGGCCAAGACUGUCAUAGUCCGUCCCCGCGCCCUAACACCGGCAACGUACGCCCGGCCGGGGCUGGCGGCGGAUGCGUCGCACCACUCCCCGCAGGUGAGUAGCGGUUGUGUGCCGCGGACGUUCCAAUGAAAACAACAAAUAAUUAUUAAUUUAAAUAAGAAAAAAAAAAUAAACGGACCACUUAGCGGACGAGCGCGGGACUCGUGUGUUGUGUGAUCUCAGCGGCGACGGUCGAAUUUUUAGAAGGUGUGCUUGUGACCGACGAUGGGGACAGUGUGCGGGCGAGAGGAGACGGGGUGCUGGGAAGGGUUGCGGGUGUUACCACGGCGCGGUGGCAAAAGAAGCUUACCGGCCACGUUUCGGCCACGCUUGCCUUAACACGUUCUCAACACUAAAAAUAUUGAGUUGGAUUGAGUUAUUUAUGUUGUGAGGAUUUGAUAAAAUUCUUUCGACGUCCCUUUUGGAGGUUCAAGCUCACAAUUUUCUACGUUAAGUCACAAAAUACCGGUACAAAAUUGUUAUAAAAUUAUUCCUGUUAUUCUGAACUUAAACCUUUAAAAUACACAUGAAUUAGAAAGGAUUUUAUCAAACGGCAAAUGUUUUUAUACAUUUUAAUGUUCAUUAAUUGAAGUUAUUAUUCCUGUGUAUUGUAUAGUAAAUAUUUUAUAUAACAUUCAUUGAGAUAUAAAUUAAUUCGUUGUUGUGUGAUAAGUGAUUCUAUCUAUCAACUUAACACAAUGUAUGACAGUAAAACAGACACAGGAAAAAAGUUAAAACAGUUUUGUAAUUUAAAGUGAUAUAGUAAUAAUUUAUAAUUAUUUAUUUAUAUUUUACAGUUAACGAUAGUGUCCUUUAAUGUACCCAAAAUAUUUGGGCAAUAUUCCUAUACGAAUUUGGUAAAAUCAGUUUGUUGCCCAUCAUUAAUUGAACGAGCUGGUUUGUCAAAUUAGUAUUUCACGUUAAAGUUACUAAGCAAAGUGAAUUAAGUAAGAACAAUGUCUUAUAAUGAAAAAAUAAUAAUUUUAUGUACUUAUUUCUUAAUUUACUUAAUUUUAAUAGAGGUAUGUUGUGUGUUCUUUCAAAUUAAGUAAAUUAGGAAGAGUUGCUGUAAUAGCUGAAGGCACUGGUAAGUGCCACAACUUUCACUAAUGCCGUUUUUUUUUUCGAAAAUAAAGGUAUUUAAAACACCACCAAAAUUAUUUGUUGCAUCCCACUGAAAUCUAGAAUAUUUAUUGUAUUAUUUAUUGGUUUUUUCAUUUAUAAUUUUUCCAGAUUAAUUCGUAGGUUUUUUUUUUAAGUAAAUGACCAAAUUGCCUACAUAUUUUGAGGUACCCAAAAAGUUCACGUCAAAAGUAGUGUGCUUGUGCGAUUUUAACGUAAGAGUAUAAAUGGGUUUGUACCAUCAAUUUCUCCAGUUUCGCCUAUUUCAAUUUAUAUAUGCUACCACAAUUAUAACGGUUUUAUCAAUUGAUUCGAUUAUUAGUUAUGUAAAUAUGUCUCUUUCAGAUUCAAUAGUGUUUUAAAAUUUGUGUGCCUUCAUUGUUUGCAAAUAAAAUUAUUAAUUUAUACCAACACGUAAAAGUAUAAAACCCGGGAAGCUUCUUUUGUCGGACAAAAUGCUUUAAAAAACACCAUGAAACGUGUUAACAUCUACAACGUUUCGAAUCACUCCAAAGGACAUCCUUGUUUUAUUUGAUAAAUGAAAACUACCACGCGGCGUACGACCAGCAAUUUAUCUGUUGAAACAGCGACAAUGCACAAAGCUUGAACUUCCGAUUGUACAAAGAACAAAAUAAAGAUUAUUUGGUUACAUUAUACAAUUUUUACAGGUAUUGUUGUUUCGAGCGAAAAGGAAAAUAAACAAAUUGAGAUUGAUUCCAUGUAAAUGAAAUAGAUUUUUUUUUUAUAAAAAGGUCGAUUAUUUAUAAAACAAUUAUAUAGUAGAGGUAUUUCAUCAAUAUUAGUAAAUGCUUUGUAAAUAAUUUUCUCGAGAUAUUUAUGGAAGUUUCAUUUCAGUUAGAACACCCAAACAAAACGUGUACAUUCUUCACCGGCGCUCUAAAUGUUUACAUAGCCGUUAUACACCGAGUAAUCAAGCCAAUUAAAUCGUUUAUAAUAUUGUACUUAAAACAGACAAAAUGUUUUUGAACAAUACAACCAAUUGCCACCGAAAAUAUUGGAACAGCAACAAUUCCAUUGGCUUUCAAAAAUUUUUCGACAUAAAGGCACUAAAUGCGUGCGUAUGUAAAUUUGGAGCGUGGGUAAACUGAACAAUUGUGAAAUAAAACAUAGGCUAAGUUAUAUAUCUAGCAGUAGAUAGCAUAUAGUGUCGAAUAUAUCAUCUAAAAAAACUGUGUGUAGUUGUCAUUGGAGUGCUUAGAAAUGUAUAAAUACUUCGUACUGUUAACGUGUCUAAAGAACCGAAUGGAAUUAAUUAAUUAUAGUUUUGUUGUGAUUAAUAUCUGUCUGUAAAAUAUUAAAGGAUAGGUAUUUCAAUUGUGUCGGAUGAUGCUAAAACAAAUUAUGUGUAAUAAUUUUUUAAUGCGGUUUUAAUAAAGAGAAAACCUCAGUUACUGUAAACCAAUACGAAUGUACACAUUGUCAGACAGAUUCUGAAAUACCAUGUACAUUUGUUAGAUAUCUAGAAUUGUGUACAUUUUUAUUUUUUUCUUUUUUUGGAAAAAUUAAUUUUUUGCGGCAUAGCAGUAUGGAGUGUCCAUUGUAGACUAAAUAAAUAUUUUAUUCUUAACUCUAAUUUUGUAAUUAUUGUGAUGAAUAAAUUUUCUUCCUAUUUCGUUCAA